AAACAAGCAGGCGUGAGGAGGCCCCACCCCUUGCACGCUUGGCACUGGCAGUCUGAGCUUACCUGUAUUGCCGUUUGAGUCAUUUCUUCUUAUCCUCUUCAGGAAGUCUGCUUUUGUUAACAAGGCACAUACUGGAAGUGGGAACAGACGCAAGCAUGAACGAGAGCAGUGUUGAGGCUCCGCUAAGUCGAGCUGACUUCCUCGCCCUCAGGCACAUGCUUCUCAACGCCCUGCAGAAGAGGUGUUCCAACCUGACGGAGGCUGUGGUGGGAGAGGUGCGCGCCUUGCUGCAACCCAACACCACCCUAGGUCCUCCUCAGGCUAAGUCGGAGGACUCCUUGGCGGUGCUGUACAUCGUCUUCGUGCUGCUCUUCUUCGCGGCCUCCCUGCUCGUGCUGCUCGUCAAGUACCUCAGGCGGGAGCGGGAGUCCACGCGCCUGCAGAAGUUUUACGAAGACUACCUCGUAAACACACGAUCAAGCGCGGUGGUUCACUACGACACACAAGGGCGUCGCCUUCACCCUACCACGCCUGAGUCUCCACACCCGUCUCCCCCAACCUGGACGCCAUCUCUCACACCACCCACCACGCCCAUCGACGCCGUCUCCCUCACCCUUCCCAGAGAACUCAUUGAACACGAGUUCUAACACAUAAUGACAUUUACUGACUCUUGUAUCAUGUUGAUUUCUGCGCGUCACGAACUCGGAUAGACGAGAAAAAAAAAAAAAAAAACCGACUCGUUCAUGGAGUGGAGAGUGACGGUGGACAGAGGAGCCUUGAUGGCUUCCAUGGUGAGGUUCAGGCCGUCGUGUAUACCCAUGUAACUGCUGUGCAUCUUUCUGGUUCUCUAGGAGGCCAGGAACCUUGACUCUAGUGACUGCAGUGAUGCAGUGUAUACAGUAUACAUGAGAUAAUUUUUUGUUAGUUUUAAUAAUGUUAGUUAAGUCAAGAAAAUCCUUGUGGUGUGGUUUAGUCUGUGAAGUCAAGAAGUCAUGUUCUCGGUGACAAGGUUUCUAAGAAAGUAAUUGGAAACAUUCCCUGAAAUGUUUAUUCAGCGCGUAGUAAUACAUCGUUUGUAAACUACCCAGAGUAAUGCAUCUGAAUAAGGAGUGUCCAUCGCUGAAAAUUUCCUGUUCGACAUCGCAGGUGAUCUAGUUGUUAAAUUUUCAAUAAAAGUCAUAAGGAAA